CACCAGCAUAAAAGAAAGAGGAAGAGCAAGAGGAUCAAUGAAGGCAACAAUUUAAGAUGUGAGUAAGCAGUUUCAUAAUGCCUUAAGGGAAAAAACCAUAAAACACCUUUUAUAAACAGUGGGCUUAUACAUCUUUGUAGAGGUUUCUGGGGGGGGGAGGUGUAAAUGGAGGGGCUUAUAAUAGGAAUAGAGUAAGUCGUGAUGGCCAUGUUGAAGGAGUAAAACAAUAGAACCAUUUUCCUUUGGGAAAUAAUUUCAAUUUCAUACAAAUAUUUUUGUAUUGUUUACUUCUCUAUCAUGGCCGCCACACACAGACUCUAUAGAAAAAGCCCUUCAGCCUGGUUGUGGGGUGGGGGGCGGGGGGGUGCUUACAAUCUGAUAUUUUUUCUGGUUUACAGCUAGAUGGGCCUAUAAUUGGUGGAGCUUAUAAGUGGCAGCAGAGCUUAUAAACAGCAGUGAUGGAUCCACAUUUUCUCCCUUUGGGGGAAGUAGUUGAUUGAAGGGGGAUGGGUAAACAAUAUCACCCAGUGUAUCACUCAUAGUCAACAUUUUAUUUACCUUAUAGCUGAUUGUUUUCUGUUAAUCCAAUAGGCCUCUUUAGUUUGUAUGUUUUGUUUUCCCAGUAGAGGACUCAGGGGAAUUUGCUCCUUUUUCUUUUCAUAAAUUAUGCGUUGGUAUGCACAUGAAUAAGAUGAAGUUUGAAAGAAAUAAUUCUCUAGAGUAUCAUCACAUGACCUGUAUUGGGAGAACAGAAUAUACAAGCUAAAGAGGUCUAUUUGAAAUGAAAAUCGCUCGCGUGAUACCUAUUUUUAAAUCUGAUGAUCAGUCGCUUUUCACCAACUACCGACCUAUCUCGGUGCUUCCCAGUUUUUCAAAAUUCUUUGAAAGAGUUAUCUACAAUCGUUUAAUGCAAUAUCUGAUGAACUUCAACAUCCUCUGUAGUAACCAAUACGGCUUCAGGAAAAAUCAUUCCGCUGCACUCGCGCUAAUCGACUUGCAUGAUAAGAUCUCUACUGCCUUUGACCGAGGUGAAUUUUCCGUAGGUAUUUUUCUUGACCUCUCAAAAGCCUUUGACACUGUAAAUCAUAUCAUCCUUUUUGAUAAACUCGAACAUUAUGGUAUUCGUGGCUUAGCGCUGGACUGGAUAAGAAGUUACUUUUCAAACAGAAAGCAAUAUGUUGAAUAUAAUGGCCACCGUUCGUUAAGAAAUGAAAUCUCUUGUGGGGUCCCUCAGGGUUCUAUCCUCGGACCUCUAUUUUUCUUACUGUACAUUAACGACAUCAACAAUGCUUCUAAUCUAUUAAAUCUGAUAUUGUUCGCUGACGAUACCAAUGUAUUCAUGUCACAUAAAGAUCUGAACUAUCUACGAGAUAUGUUAAACUUGGAGAUGGACAAACUGUCAAUCUGGUUUAAAGCAAACAAGCUUUCUCUAAAUCUUAAAAAGACUAAAUUUAUGGUCUUCAAACCAAGACAAAAGCGUUCAAUUUGUAAUAUUCAAAUAAGUAUAGAUAAUCAAAAUAUUGUUAAAGUAAAGGAGACAAAUUUUCUAGGCGUAAUUUUGGAUGAAAACCUAAAUUGGAAGUCAGAAAUAUCUCACGUUGCAAGUAAAGUUGCGAAGUCAAUCGGUAUAAUAUCUAGAUGCAGCUUCUUUCUUCCUAAAUCGUCUUUACGUAUGCUCUACUAUUCCUCAAUUUAUCCUUAUUUUUACUACUGCAAUAUCGUUUGGGCUUCGACCUAUAAAACUAAUCUCCGCCGCCUUGUUAUCCUGCAAAAGCGCAUUAUUAGAAUUAUUAAUAAAUCACAUUUUAAUGCUCAUACUGACCCCAUCUUUAAGGACCUCGGUAUACUAAAAUUUAAUGAUAUCCAUUUGCUUCAACUGGGCCAAUUUAUGUAUUCUUGCAAAAAUUCAUUCUUACCUCCAAAGUUUAAUAACAAUUUCUCUCAAAGCAAUCAAUUCCACUCUUACAAUACAAGAAAUUCCCAGGCCUACCGUCUACCGUAUUGUCGCACAAACACGAAGAAGUUCUCGCCCUUUUUCCAAGGGCCUAAGUUUUUAAUUCACUUGACAACAAGAUCAUCAACUCUCAAUCCCUCUCCUCUUUUAAGAAAAAAACUGAAGAUUAAAUUAUUGAGUAAGUAUGAAAACAGUUUAUAAAUCUUUCCAUCUUCGACUUUUCGCCUUCUUCUCUUCAAUUGAUGUCAAACAGCUCUAGCUCAUAGUUCGAGGAGGCCUAAACUCUCAUAAGCUCCUAUAGUUUCUGUUAGGUCUCCGCGCCACUUCUUUUUUUUUUUUUCUUCUUCUUCUUUUCCUAUAUUUUUUGUAAUUAGUGUGGCAAAUAAAAAAAAAAUAAAUAAAAUAAUUUGCAUGUAAAAGCAAUAAAGAAACUGAUGCCAAACAACUGAAUUUUUUCUAUACUGACAUGAAAGAAAUAUGUGAUAUGCAUUUUAAAUUUUGAUAGAUGAUCCUUACUCUGAUGAAAAAAUAAAAGGAGAUCCUCACAAAACUAUCUUCAUAGCAAGACUUGUAAGUGAUGUUAACUGAUGUACUUUGCUCCUAAUUGUUGAUUCACUCUGAAAGUGAAAGGGUUUUAUUUAUACUUGAUACAAUACACUUGACUAGGAUUCAUUUAUUCCUUCAUUUAUUUAUUUAUUCAUUCAUUUGUUCAUAUAUUUUUGCCAUACACCACAUUAGAAAGAUACAGUUACUAUGGCAUAUACAUUUAGUCCCAAGUUGGAAUAUGUAAAAACUAAUUGCUAUUAGUAAAAGUAGCUAAUGUUAGAUUUUUUCCAUGGCUAAGGCAAAGAAGCCUAUAUUGAAGCUGGGAACUUAUGAACUAUAGGCUUCCUAAGAAUGUAGAAUAUGCUGUAUAAAUUUUUGAGGACUGAAUAUGUAAAAAGUUUGUUGGCUAUACAAGAAAUGACACAAAAUAGCGUGGACAAGAAGAAAAUGACUGUCUAGCUGAUAUAAGAGUUAUAUAAAGAAUUCUAGCUUGUUUUCCUGUGGUAUGUGUUUGUCUCGUCUUUAUUUGUAAUUUUUUGCUUAUGUGAUUUUAUAUGAAAUUUUCCAAGGACUAUAACAUCACCGAAGACGCGAUAUCUGAACAUUUAGGGAGGUAUGCAGAAUAAUUUUUUUGUGCUUAGCUAGUCUCUAGUUAUAGUAGAUGACUGAGCUUAAGUUUGGAGCAUGCUGAUUGUAACGAAAAUGAAAGCACUCUUAAAUGCAAGAACAUGGACAUAGAAUAUCAGUAAGAGAAAAACAGAAUAACAGUGGUCCCAACUACUUCUAACUUGGAGUUUGUUUCAUUUACUUUACAUCCUUCCCUGAAGUCCUUUUUUUAUACUUCCUUGUGCUGAAGUCAAAUUCCGUAUUCACAGCAAAGAUUACUUCGAUCAGUACUGACCAAGUCUGAAAAAUAGAACUGAUAUUUUACUUUUUUACAUGUAAAGCAGGUAUGGAGCAAUUAAAAGCCUUCGACUUGUCAAGGACACAGAAUCUGGGAAGUCCAAAGGAUAUGCUUUUCUUGAGGUAUGACGUGUAAUGUCUGUAGUUCAUUCAAAACAUUUCUCCGUGUUUGAUUGGCUCAAAUUCCCUGGCCACUUCCUGAUAGCCCGCUAGGGUUUGGAAGAAGUUUGCGAUAUCCGAUCAAAUGACGUCAAUAAUGCAGGCUAUCAGUAGAAAAUGCAUGGCAACGGAGAUGUUCCGGGGGUGAGGUUGUGUUAACUCAAUUUUUUUGGUGGAGCUGGAGAAAAUGGGGAAAAAUUUCUCACGUUUUGCGACGAAAAAAUAGCCGAUCUUCUGCCUAAAAACACUGCAACCCGACGGAUAACAACUGCUAGACUGAACUUCCCUUUAUAUCCUGAAUUUGCCGAAGAAAACACAGUUGAAGACGGGAACCUAACAUCGAUCAAGGCAGGUUUUUAAAGAAAGGACUAUUUUGAAUGAAUCAUAAAACAAUAAUUAUUAUUGGAUUUGGCUUUCGUGAGAUAUGAAACAUUAUACAGAUCGGGGGGGAGGGGGGGGAUGUUUUCUGCCUCCUUCUUGAUCUGCGUAAGUUUAUUCUUCGGGCCCUGGAAGUUUAACAGUUGAAUAAAGCUAUCCUUUGGAUAAAUCACUAUCCACGGGAUAGUGCAAUUGGGUUCCCUAAUAGUUAUCUGCUGGAUAAUGAUUUAUCCAUUGGAAAGCGCUGUCCAACGUUUGAAAAACUCGGGAGAGAUGAUAAUCAGCCUCGUUCAAUAAUUGCUGAUUAUUCAGAUCAGUCAAAAAUUAUCCAGUGAUAUAAGUAAAGAAUUCUUGUUUUAUGCAGGAAAAACGGGUAAUUUUGCUUAACUCCUAAUCCUUUAGUUCUCAGAAGAGAGUCAUGCUGAGAAGGCUCUAAGAGAAACCAAAGACGAACGAUUGAUAGUUGAUGGAAGAAAGGUAUUUCAGAAGAACAAAGUAUGCCAGUUUUUGUUUUUGUUACCUGUCUCAGUUAAGUUACAUUUUGUUUCUUAUGUGAAGUUAGAUUCAACAUAGUGGUUGUCACAGCAGCGAUAUUCACUCUUCCUUCUUUCAAGGUUCUUGUUGAUCGAAUGCGAGGUGGUGUAAUACCUUCCUGGCUGCCGCGCAGACUAGGUGGUGGCCUGGGACAGAGGCAGAAAGGAACACAAAGAUUUACAGGGAAGGUAUAUACCUGUCACCUUGCUGUUUUUUCUGCUCACAUCUCUUUUCGCCGAACGUCUCGAAAAGGCUACAUGUCCUACAUGGAAGAUGAAAUGAGUGAAAUAAAAAGUCCAAAAUGAAAUAGAGAUGAUUUGUCCACAAACUGUAAAGUUCUUUCGCUUAGCCCACACACUAAGAUUACGGUGACCUUUUUUUCAUGAGUGCAAGAAGAUGUUGUUGUUGUUGUUGUUUUUUAAAAAUUCGAAAUAAAUUUAUUUCAACUUUUCGGAGGGAAGUAGGGUAAAAUGCGUAAGGCUAAAUUGAGAUCCGUUAUUACGCUGAUAACCGAAAUAUAUUUGUUUCUCAUCAGCUUCCAUACUUUGGGGACGAAUCCCGCAUAGAUCAGGAAUACAUUGACCGAAAACGACUUAUGUGGCUGGAACACAACAGG